AUACAUACCACCAGGGACAAUCGACUUUAACUUGUUCCACUGUUCAGUUACAAUGGCACCACAGGCGGCCAGCUCUUCUCGUGCUCUGCAGGCUAUUCUUCCCCUCAUCGCGUCUGGACAAGCCUAUGAAGCGCACCAGAAAGCGCGUACAUUCGCUUCACGCUACCAGAAGUCAUCGCAAUACGACACCGCAAUCGAUGUGCUCUUCCAAAGUGCUCGGGAACUGCUCAAGGCAGGACAACAGGGUAGUGGCACGGAUCUGACGGUCUUCUUGCUCGAUGUAUACGAUGCGAAGGGAGAGAAGGUCGGCGAGGAGUCGAGAGGCCGCUUGACCCAGUUGAUUGCUCUGACUGGCUCUGAGGGCACAUGGAGAAAGACUAUCAUCGACAAAUCCGUUGUAUGGUCUGCGAAACACGGAAUUUAUCCCGCUGGAGAUCCUGACCUCCAUCAUUACAUUGGAGAGCUUUUAUACAAAGAGGGCGUCGUUGAUGCUACAGAAAGCCACCUGCUAGCGGCUGGAAAGCGAGACAGUGCUCGUGUAUUGGCCCAUGUGUACGUUGACUGGGCACAGUCAAGUACUGAUGGAGUCGCCGCUCAUGCUGGCUCGUUUGGGUUACGGGGAACGAUACCUUACCUCCUGAACGGAAACAUCCUCGCUGCACGCAUUUUCCUCGCCUCGUUUUUACAACUGCUUCCGCUUUCAAGUCCACCCCUUCAAUCGCCCAUCCAACCGGAGCCUCUUCCUAUACCCUCACGUACUUCCACAGGCAAGACAGACGACGAUGAGAUCAUUUUCACCAAGGAUACAGCGCUGAACUUUGUUCAAUUGGCGGUGAGAACGUGCCAAAGAGCCCAGGGGGAUAAAAACAAGAUCGCGAGAGAAGCGUGGGUUCGACUGUGCGGGACUUACCAGAGCCGUGGAGGAAUCCUCGCCGCACCAGACGUUCGACAGGCUUUGAACGAGAUUGCAACCGUCUACUUUGCUAUCCCUCCUCCACGCACGCAGCAGGCAAACCCAUUCGGGGACAUCAUGUCGUCUCUAUUCGGGGGUCCUCCAAGUGGCGUUGCUUCCGCGCCUACGAGAAGAGCCAUCACACCGGGGGGUGCGAGUGGAGGGGCCAUGUUGGACUGAACAAGGAACGGGCUCUUGUGGAAUUUGACCUGGGCCUUUAAUUUUCUGCUUCGGAAUCCCGUUGGUAAAUUGUAUGAUGAACGGUUGAAUAGUUGUCCUUGGUACGAGCUAUACGAUCCAUGUGAAAACGAAUCAAUUUUGAGCAGCC